GCGGCGCGGUUUCGCUUUCGGGGCGGGGCGGCUCCGGCUCGGCGGCGCGGAAGUGCCGCGCUCGGCGCCGGCAGCGCCUUCCCGGGCGGCGGGGCCGGCGGCAGGGCCCCGGAGCGCCCGGCCUGUCCGUCCUAGCGAGGCCGCGCCGACAGCCCCAGCCCGGCGCCGAGCCCCGAGCCCGGCUCUUCGCAGGAGGAGGCGACAUCCCGGGCGAGCAUGGCGGCCCGCAGCCCCCCCCGCGCCGCUCCGCCAGGCAGAUGCUGCUUCUUAACUGGGAGAAAAGCCAAGUGCGAGACUGACGGCUGUUGAGGCCAGCUGCGUGCAUGCAGGCUUGGGAGGACAAGCCGCUGUGAAAGCAAUGCAGAAAGCCAUUGUGAUCACCGAGCAGCCGGUCUCCGUCUCCGUCCCUGUUGGGUACUCCUUCACUCUGCGAUGCAGAGCUGAGGCCUGCACGUCUCUGCAGUACCAAUGGUUUUGUCAGCACCAGUCUGUCUGCUGCCAGAUUCCUGGUGCCACUGAGCAAGACUUGCUCAUCACUGCACAGCAAACCCAACUCUACACCUGCAGAAUCAAUGACCUCUAUAAAAAUGCCAUCUUCUCUAACUGGGUGAAAGUGGAGGUCCAUCAGUGUGUUGCCAGAGGUCUGCUCCCUCAGCUUUGGCGAGGAGAACCAGUCAUCAUCCUCAACCCCAUCGAGCAGAAGGUAGAAGUAGGGAAGCCACUACAACUGCAGUGUGCUGCCAUGGGGGUCCCAGCCCCGAGCUUCCAGUGGUACCGUAAUGGGAAUGUGCUGGAACACCAGAAGAAAAAAAAACUCUGGAUCAACCAUGCAAAGGUCAGCGACUCCGGCACGUACCUCUGCUGUGCUUCCAAUAGCCACGGAGAGCACUGGACCAAUGCAGUGGAUAUUCACGUGGGUGAGCAGAGCCAACCAGCAUCUGGUACGUGUCACUCUGAAAAGUUUUUUGGUGAGUACUCUACAGACAAGAUAGCACUUCUGGUGGGCAACAACCAUUACCAGCAUCAUCCAAACCUGAUGGCUCCUGUCACAGAUGUAUUUGAACUGAGUCUUCUUCUAAAGCAACUGGGGUUCCAGGUUGUGUCUCUUCUGGACCUGAACAAGGCUGAGAUGACGACAGCGGUCAGUCGGUUCCUGCAGCUUCUGGGGAAAGGGGUCUACGCUAUAUUUUACUACGCCGGGCACGGAUACGAACAUUCAGGGAGGAACUACAUGGUCCCCAUUGAUGCCCCACAGCCCUAUGCCCCCGAGAACUGCAUCAGUGUGCAGAGGAUCCUCCAGAAGAUGCAGCAGCGGCAGACGGCCCUGAAUCUCAUCCUUCUGGACACCUGCAGGAAAUGGUACAACCCAGAGUGUGCCCUGUCCCAGGUGCAGCCGCUGGAGCCCUGGGGCAAUACUGUUUAUGGCUAUGCCACAAGUGAAGAUGCAGAAGCCUAUGAGUUGCAGGAUGGGGAAUUCAGCUCCGGGAUCUUCAUGAAAUAUCUGAAGAAACAUAUUCUGCAGGAGAAAAAAGUUACACAUAUGCUGGAGGAUGUGUUAGAAGAUAUUGGCCGGGAUCCUUUGGUCACUGGGAAGCAGGUGAUGGAGAUCAAGCAUACACUGAAAGAAGCCCGGGCCCUGACAGACCCUAUCUGCCCCUCGGGAGCAGCCGCGCUGCGCUGGGGACGCGGUCAUGAGCUGCUUAGUGAAAUAGUGAUGUUCCCGUGCGGGGCACGGGUGGAGCUCCGCUUCCGCCAGGUUUUCUCCAAUGUGAUUUAUGUGUGCGCCAAGCUGCAGGCACAACCGUCCCACAUCACUGACGUCCGCCUCCUGCUUUGCCGUCCAACUGAGAGGCAAGAUGUGACCAUCCUGAAGGGCAGCCACCCAGACCACGUGGAGUCUCUACUUGCCUCUGUUUUCAAGCAGGAGGAGCAAGACUGUGCGUUCCAGCUCAGUGGACUGCAGAAAACUCAGACAGAUGUGCUCCUGCAGUUGGAUUUGCAUUACACCCAGCUAAGCACAAAGCAGAGGACUUGUGAAAGCCUGCAGAAAGUCCUCCAGAAAUCUCUGGUAGCGCAGUUGUUCAGUCACAGAAGUUCUGCCCAGCCGAGCUACCAGCAAACUCCAGCAUCUGCAGGCAGCCUGUGCCUCAGGGACACGUCCACGUCCACAGUGAGCGGCCCAAAGGCACAGGCACCUCUGAGGAUGGGCUCGGGACAUAGCUUGCCGAACAGCAACCCCUCCAACUCAUGCAGUGAGCCAGAAGAGAACGACGAGAGCAACUUGAGUGAGCUCUGCUCAGCGCUGCUCCGGGCUGGCCCAGGGCAGGACUGUCCCUGAUACCUGCAGACUGUCAUGAGCAGCCUGGGAACUGUAUUUUCGAAAAGGCAACAGUUAUUCCAGUGAUAAAUACGACACAAGUUGUCAGCUGCCUUCAGCCUCAGCAAUUGCUCUGGCCAAAUCAGGCUGCAUGUGGCUGAGGCUGCUUUUGGUAAGGCCUCUCCCAUCUGUGCCCUGCAACGUGCAGGGCCAAAGCCUGCUGGAAGUAACCUCUGUCCCACAAAAUGUUCUGCGCUGUUGGGAACACUGAGGAGUAAUUGUCAUGUCUAGUGGAAGACAGGGCCACCCUACAAGUCAUAACAUUUCCAGGCAAAACCUAAUAUUGCUCAUAGUCAAGGGCACUGGCUGAUAUUUUCUUAGAAUUAGCCUUUGCUAAGCAAGUGCCCGAAAGCAAGCAUUACAGCAUUAAACAUGGUGAGGUAGGAUACCCAUAAACACUACAGGCCUGUGCUGCAGCAGGGACACAGUCUAAAAACCCAAACGCAACUGCAGACUCUCAUCACGCUUGUGCAGGUGACACAAGGAAUUAAUGAGUGAUCAAGAUAAAACUGUAUGAAUGUAUAAGCUUUCCCCCAGGCUUACAGUGUGGUUUUCUUUCCUUGUAAGUCCUGCCUAUGUAAAAGCAGAUGUUAAAUUAUGUGUUUAUGUAUUUCUAAGGAAUGCAUUUAUAUUUUCCUGAUUGCGAGGAAAAGGAGGUUGAGAUGUCCUGUCAAAUGCAUGUUUACAACUGAGGCUGGUUUUCCAUCAGUAGUAGCUACAGAUUCACACUUCCACCUGCCCCUUCUAGCAUGUUACACACAGACAUAAAAAGGUGUUAAAUCUUGUGUGAUCCUGAGUUCCUCUCACAUGCAGAACCUCCUAGCUGUGGGAUAGGGAAAGGACAGGAUGGAGGAGGGAGAACCUCAAAGAAUUUUUUAUUAGUAUCAGUUUUUUCAAAGUACCUAUCUCUAUCUGUGUGCGUUCACCCUGGGCAACCUCAAGUCCUACCUUUCAUGCAGAACCAGCUGUCCAGAAAGAGCCACAGGUGAGCAGGGACCAAAAGACAAUCUAAGUAGGUGCAGUACCCCCUGCCUGCUUCUGCAAUACUUGUUUAAUAAAGGUUUUGGCAUAGUGCCAGGUGUGAGAUAUAGUGCAUAGUGAGCGUAGUGAGGUGUGGGAUCUCUGUCCUUGGAGACAGUCAACUCUGGACUGGAGAAGAUGUGGAUGAACUGAUUUAAUUUGACCCUGCUUGGAGCAGGAUGUUGGACCAGAGACCUCCAGAGGUCCCUUCCAGUUAUGAUUUUGUGGAAGGAGGAACUUGGAGAUCAAGAGCUUCUUGUAAGCUCAAGGAUGGCAGAGUGGGAAGAGCACCUGAUGUCUCCUGUCCAGGUCUAAAAGAGGGAUGGAUAGAGCAUUUUCUAUGUUAUGGUUCUCUGUCAGCAGCAAAGAUGCUUGUAUCUCAGUCUACAGUGGGACUGUCUAUUCCAGCAUGGAAAAGUAUGAAAUGCUACUUCCAGAUAAACUAUCCUACAAGUGCUGGAAACCUGUCCAAAGUGAACAGAGGAGGCUUUUACUCUCCUCACUGUGUUGAGGGGAAGAAGAGAGGCCCCAUCUGGCCCAAGGCUAGAAAGUCGCCUAGGAAAAAAUGCAAAGCUCCUCCUUGCCCUUCUCUCCUAAAUGUAGCUUAAAUAAGAUGGACUGAUAAAGAAAGUAAAUCAGAGGAAAACAAUCUAAUUGAGGGGAGAACCAAAGAUCAAAUCAGCACUGUAGAGACUUAAGGAUAGAUCAGUGGGAAUUGCUGUGCAGGCAGCUGGGAGGUGCUGAGAGUCUCGUUGCUCACUGCCUCUGAGAACAGCAUGCAAAGGGAGGGAUUAUGUACAUCUCUCUAUAGCUGUCGGGGCAAAAUACAUCUGUGGCUCGCAUAAUCCUGGCAAAUGGCAUCUCAUGUGAAGGCUGAGCUUACUCAAAGCAAAGCUGUUUAUUUUUUUCUGAAUAAAACACUACUGGUGUUUUUGAA